GCCGUUUCCCGCGCUAAUCACUUUACCAUGAUGCACGGCCGAAGGCGGGCCCCUCGCGAGGACGAUGAACGCGUGGUCUACUAUGACCUGGAGGCGGACUCACAUAGUCGAGACCUGCUCAUGUCUCCUGAUGCUGUGUCUGCUUCCACGCAGCCUCGUGCGACAACAAAAACAGCAAUAACAGCGUCAGGAGACGGCAGUCAGAUCUUCCCUCGCCAGCAGCAAGCGCUGUUCAAUCUCGGUGCGUUGCCGUUUGUUGCUGUUCAUGUUAUUGCGGCUGUCAGUUGACACUGGCGAUCCCAUGUGCGUAGAUGACAGCGGAGGCGAAGCGGAGGAAGAGGAGGAAAACCCGUUCGCGACACUGCUACAGCAGCAGCAACAAACACACAAGACAGCGACGCUAGCAGUUGAGUCCGACAAAGCUAUGAGUGGCAAUGAAACUGCAAGAGAAUGCCACGAUAGUUCGCUGGUAUCGGUAGCAGCAACUGGAGACUCGUCCAAGAUGGAGGCACGUCGACGCGCUGGUACAAGCAGGGACAUUAAUGGAGGAAGUCGUCGCUCCAUCUUGAAGUACAGUCAGCAGCGCAGUGUGCUGGCUACUAGAGUCGGUACCGGUGUUACGAAGAAGAAACUCGACUUUGAAGCGGCUGGUUCGAGGCCCGAUCGAUGGAAUACGAGGAAACCUUCAGCUGCUGAUACCAAAAAUCGCCGCAAGUCUCUGGGUGCAAUUCAGAAGCGACGGUCGCAACUAGAAGCGUCUGCUGCGAAAAGGCGAAAAUCGAUGCCAGGGGGUUUCUCAGGAUCACAAAGCAUACAAACCAGAUCGAGUAUGGACGGUAGUUUUGAUACUAGUCAUUCAGCUCCGACAAGAAGAUCGCUGUCAGAUGUGCUGCAACGUGCCACGACGCUGUCACAACAGCAAAACUCGACCAACGACGACUCGUCAUUCUCACAGGCCCACGCAGCCGAGAAUCCCACGGAAGCUGACCCAAUUCUUGACACUGAACAUCAGAUGCGAGCCGAACCGUUUGCACCGCAGAUUUUUUCUCCUACGAAAUCCGGUCGAAAAUCUAAGGACGAGUCAGUUAUCUCCAAGAUUCGCGGAAGUAUGGGCGAUGUUAUCCGCAAAGCUAUUCGUAAGCGCAACCGAGACCUGACGCUCCUGCGUUCGCACGGUCAGCAUUUGCUCCCUCAACAAAGCAUCCGUUCAUCCCUGCAAGGUGCGAUGGAGUCAAUUCAAGACCGAGCGUGCAUCACAGUUCGAGUCAUGAGGCGUUGCGCAGUCACGUCCCAUUCUGUUUCGUACGAAUGUCAAAUCCACGACGUUGCAUCAAAAUUGGAGAAAAGUACUACAAGUGCGUUGAAAGAGAAGAAGGACACAGUAAAAGCACUCUUUCAUCCUCAAGCCGCCGAACAUCUCAAGCUAUCCACUGGAAUGUUGCUUCGGAUUUACGAACCGGUUCACGUUGUCGAGGAAGAGGUGGCAGCAGGAUCAACUCGCAAACCCGAGUGGUUUCUGCUGAGCACACAGUUAACGGAAGUGGUAGACACUUGAGACGCUAGCUGAUCAAUUGGGACGGCGCAAAUUGAGUCGUUGAACUGCUUCGUCGUAUCCUAUUUAUUGUUGCUUGACGUGUUCACAAAGGCCUCAGUGUCGACACGCUUUUGAGGGUAUGGGUCACCUGGAGGCGGGAUUGUGGCGUGGUCUUAUAGCGGAAACUCGGUGGAGUUCGUGAAUACAUUACCAAAUCGUGAGCUUGCUGCAGCCUUUCACGACCAAGCACAGUUUUCGGCCGCUCCUGGAAUGCUAGUGGCUGGCGCUGGUAGGCUUUGUGAAGUAUUGCCGUUGUACUAAUAGGUGCUUGGGUCUUCUGCCUACUUGUUUCGUUCAGCAGUUGUGUUUCUCUGUUCAUCCUCGCCAGUAUUUCCAGUUGCCGUGUUCGCUUGUGUUGUUCCAUUUGAGGAACCCGUGCCAGUCUCAUUGACGUCGAGGUCGUCGCAAGCGGCGAUGCAGGAUGCUGGGAGCCAUAAAGGUGAGGAUUGUAGAGCUGUAAAACCCGAAGUUGUUCAUUAUUUGUCAGCUCAAAUAGUGGUGUUCGAUACUUAUCGGGGUGUUGCUCUCGCCAGCGCCGACAUAAAACGUCACGUGCUCGAUCAACUGCACUAUCCAGUCGGCAAACACUACGAAAAAAUCGGGCAAUAAUCAGAGCCGCAUUGUGUUGAUCAGGUGGCGAGUUUGAUGCCCUUGCAGUUUCCUCAGAACCUGUAUUGUUGUCCUCAGACGAAGAAUUUUGGAGGGGAUCGAGCUCAUCGUAGUUCUUCAGUAUGUCGGUGGAUGGGAGCAAGUAUCGUUUAUGAGGAGUACUCUUCGAGGUCGACAAGCUAUCUGCGACUUGGAGCGGUCGAACACGGUUGACCGGCAAUGGGUCAAGGUGUCGGUCUCGGCGAAAACAAAUAGGAGCAGCUGGAGCAGUGCCCACAAGCUCUACAUUUUUUCUUCGCACUGAACAUUCUGGAUCGGGAUACUGCUUCAAAGGAAAUCUUGGCAGUGAUUUCUGUAGAAACAAACAAGGAUCAGGUUACUUUCCGAGAAAU